AUGGCAGAUCCCAUCUUGAUAAGCGAGCUCUGGGACUACGUUACGUUGUCUCGCUCGUGGAAUCACGAGCGCAUCACCAACGAGGCCAAGGCUCUCGAGCUCGUCGCUCAAAACACAGACAUUCCCGUGCCGCGCCUGAUAGAGCAUGGAAUACACGAUGACGCCCGCAUCUUUAUCGAAAACUCAGUCAUACCCAGGCUCUACGGCAUGUGGUCCCACGAGCGAGGCAUCGACGGCUUCGUGAUGCCACCGUCGUGGCUCGUCCCCGACACGCAGCCCCCGUGGAAGGGCAACAAGGCGGCGUUCAAGACGCUGCCGCUGCCGGGACGGCGCUACAACUUCCAGCACGGCGACCUGGGCGCAUUCAACAUCAUGAUGGACCGGCACACGCUGCAGAUCAAGGCGCUGCUCGGCUGGGAGUUUGCCGGCUUCUUCCCGCCGGGGCUGGAGCGUUGGCCCGGCACGUUUGACGCGGCUGCGUUCCGCGAACGAGGGGCGGGGGGAUUGCUCGCAUCGGGGAUUGCGGAAUUUAUACCGGAGGAGUACCUGUAG